AUGUCUUCACAAUACGGCAUUGAGACAGAUGAAAUCACACUGCAACGAUAUGUGCUCAGCGAUCAAAAGAAACAUCCAACUGCUUCUGGUGAUUUAACCAAUCUAUUAACAUCACUUCUAACUGCUGUUAAGGCUAUAUCGUCAGCAGUACGUAAGGCUGGCUUAGCGCAUAUACAAGGUAUAGCUGGUAGGCAAAACGUUCAAGGUGAAGAGGUCAAAAAAUUGGAUAGCAUUGGUGAAUUCAUACUGACGCAUCCUCAAAUGAAAAUACCGAAGAAAGGCAGCGUAUACAGCGUAAAUGAAGCGUAUGCAUCGACGUGGUCUAAGGGAAUGUCCGAAUACAUUCGUACAAGAAAAUUCCCUGAAGAAGGACACUCGAAAAUGUCAUUGCGUUAUGUUGGCUCAAUGGUCGCUGAUCUUCGCAUGCUAUAUGAAAGUUUACCAAUGGCUUUCUUAACUGAACAAGUUGGUGGGAUCGCGACCACUGGAAAGGGUGCAGUGCUGGAUCUAGUACCGGAGAAGAUCCAUUCUCGUUGUCCAAUCAUACUUGGCUCACCAGACGAUGUGAACGAAUUUUUGGAAUUCCUUAAAAAAUACGAUGAGUGA